AUGCUCAUGCCGGGAUUUCGGAUGGAAGCAGCAGUCCCAGCUCAUAUUUACGCAUUCCCCUUCAAACCGAAUCCUAACUGGAGCUCCUUCUACGCUGGCGGCGCUGAGAUUCUCCAGUACAUCAAGGACACCACAAAGAGGUACGGUUUAGCCGACAAUAUCCAGUUCAAGGCCGAACUGACUUCAGCCGUCUGGGAUGAUGCGAAUGGCAAAUACCAUUUCAAGCUGGUCAAGGACGGCGGCAGAACAACGGAGGAGGACGUUGAUGUUCUGAUCAAUGGCACCGGAUUCCUAAGCAAGUGA